AUGGACCCCGUCAUUAUAACGCCGGACGAUGUAGCUGAGGCGGUCCGAAGGGCCCCGAACUGGAAAAGUCCGGGGCUCGACGGGCUGCAUCACUACUGGCUGAAGGGGUUCGUGGUGUGUCACGCUGUGCUCGCCCGACAAUUUCAAGAGGCUCUCGACCAAAAGUCGCUCCCGAGCCUCUUCACUACUGGGAUCACUCACUUGGUUCCUAAAGACCGGGAUACCAUAGACCCGAGCAAAUACCGCCCCAUCACGUGUCUACCCACGAUAUAUAAGACACUAACAUCCAUUUUGAGCGCGAGAAUCACUCGUCACCUGAACUCAAAUCAGGUGAUGUCGCGCGCUCAAAUUGGAUGUCGGGGCGGUGGUCGUGGAACCAAGGAACCACUCCUCAUUGACGCGGUCAUUGGCAAAGUGGUUAAACGCAACCGUCGGAACCUAUCCGCCGCCUGGAUAGACUACAAAAAGGCAUUCGACUCGGUGCCUCAUACAUGGCUGAAGAGGGUCCUCGAGCUGUACAAGGUUGACUGUACAGUUAGAGACUUCCUCGGGCAGUGUAUGGGGCAGUGGAGUACGAUCCUUUGUCAUCUAGGCGAGCGGAUGACGGCUGCGGAGAACCACAUAAGGAUAAGAAGGGGUAUCUUCCAGGGCGAUUGUCUGAGUCCAAUCUGGUUCUGCCUCUCUCUGAACCCUCUCAGUACCUUACUGGAGGGCUCCGGGAGAGGAUUUCAGCUUCGGAGGGGAGGUACAAAAGUGACCCACCUUUUCUAUAUGGAUGAUCUCAAGUUAUUCGUCUCCAGUCGCUCUCAUCUUGUGGAAUUGCUAAACAUCACUUGUGAUUUUAGCAAUUCUAUUAGAAUGGAGCUGGGGACGGAUAAGUGUGCGGUCCUCCAUGUCGAAAGGGGUAGGGUUGCUAACUCUGAGGGCAUAGAUUUAUCUAUGCCCAUCAGCAUAAGGACCCUUUCCGAGGCUGAAACAUACCGAUACCUGGGUAUGUCACAGAACAUCGGUGUAGAUGAGGCGGGUAUGAAACAGUCAGUUUGCGAUGUGUUUUAUGCACGCUUAACCAAAGUGCUUAACAGCCUUUUGUCCGGUGUGGACUCAGACCGAACUAAACGCUCUGGACAGAAAAGUCCGCACUAUAAUGACGUCCCACAGGAUGCAUCAUCCGAGAUCGUCAGUAAUGAGGCUGUACUUGCCGCGGAAGCAUGGUGGGCGCGGCUUUUUAAGCGCGCUUACCAUGCAUAA